GGAUGUAGGCCGAGUAAUAUAUACGUCGGCAGAACGUCCAUCUGACAGUUCAUCGAAAAGAGUGUAGCAUUGCCGUCUCUUGUAGGAUUAACAUUUGAUAAAAAUGUUGCGACAAAUAACGCUCCUAAUCGUAGGGGCAGCCAUGGUGAUGGCCCAAAGAAGAUUAGCCCUACCAGACCCCAGAAGUUGUGCCAACAGGGUGCGUCACGCCACCUACAGAGACGCCAGAGGGGUGACACACUCGUACUUCUUCAGCUGGGAACACGCGCCUACUCGAGGUCUGGAAGUCGAUUGGCUUGAUGCCCGUAACAUCUGCAGGCGACACUGCAUGGACGCGGUUUCCUUGGAGACGCCACAAGAAAACGAAUUCGUGAAGCAAAGGAUAGCGAGAGGAAACGUUCGCUACAUUUGGACUUCCGGCAGAAAAUGCAACUUCGCCGGUUGCGACCGAGCAGAUCUGCAACCACCAAAUAUCAACGGAUGGUUCUGGUCUGGUUCCGGUGCCAAAAUCGGACCCACUACGCAGAGAAACUCCGGGGACUGGAGCGCCACAGGGGGUUUUGGACAAGCACAACCUGACAAUCGAGAGGCUGCUCAAGGUAACGAUGAAUCCUGCCUCUCUAUUCUGAACAACUUCUACAAUGAUGGUUUAAAAUGGCACGAUGUAGCUUGCCACCACGUGAAGCCGUUCGUUUGCGAAGAUAGCGAGGAGUUAUUGAACUUUGUGGCUUCGAGAAACCCGGGAAUUCGUCUUUGAAGCCAACUCUCUCAACAAGAAACAUCACGUACCUUACCAAUGAGUGAAAAGCCAAUCAAAUGAUUUCGAAAUUCAACAGAAGUAUUGAAAAUAGUUGAGUUCUCUAUAGCCAUUGGCAUUUUGUGGAAGACAGCUGGGAUUUCCCACAGCAGUUUCAAUUUAGUAAUGACUUUUCACUCAUUUUCACCUUUUUCUCCCUCCCCCAUCCCUCAUUGUGAAUAGUAGUUUUAUUUGGAUUUAGUGACUAGUUUUGUACCUACCUUAAAUUAUAUAUUAUUAUUAAAGAUUUGUAUUAAAUGGAAUAGAUUGGC